CUGCAGUUCUCCUGUCUGCUCAGAUAGUCCUCAUCUGGAAUAAAAGCACCGAUUGUAAUGAAAUUUAACCCAAAAUCUGUGGCACAGGUCUGCUCAGGCCCAAAGCCACAGCACAGUCUGUCCUCAGGCACUGGUUGAUUCCUGCUCAGAUUGGUUAAUGAUAGCAAGGAGCUGCUGUGACUCAGCUGGGUGUUUGAAUUCUGUGGGAUUGACUUUCCAAACACCCUGGGAGGGUGCUCACAAAGGCAGUCCCACAGAAUUCAAACCAUCUCGAGCCCAGGACCCGUUUCCAUGGCAGGGAGCGAUCAGUGCCCAGCUGUCCCAGGCUGCAGUGCCACCCUCAGCCCCUCCGGCAGCCUUGAGGCUUUCAGCCUCCCACGGGGAGCUGCCAUCACCCAAAUCCUCGGGAAACACCCUCCCCUGCCAGCUGGGAGUCCCUCUGACACAGAGACUGAGCAGAUUGCUUUCUUCUCUGGAGCUUUAUUUUCUCCUAGUGGAAGGUGUCCCAGCCUGUGCCAGGGGUGGAACCCGGUGGGUUUUAAGGUUCUUCCCAACCCAAACCCUUCUGUUAGAAAACAUGAAAUAAAAGCCUCUCUGAGUCCCUCAGAAACAGAAGGGAAAUGCAGGGAUUGAACUGGAACCUUUAGAGAAACUGAAAUAUAUUAAGCCUCACAGACACGAAGCAGAAGUGCAAGUUUUGGUUUUAAGUAAGUAGAAAUGUAUCUUAAGAGACUGUGUUAGCAGUAAAAGGCCCUAAAGCCUAGUUUAAAGUUCAGUGUUACCUUUCACAAAAUUAACUUAGCUCCAGACAUAAGGAAAACACAGCAGAACAUUGCGUGCAUUUCUGGAUAGAGCAGAUAGACCCAUUUGUGUGACCAGAUAGAACCAUUUGUGUGACCAGAUAGAACUGUGUGUGUAGAUUUUGGGUAAGGACUGACACUGCUUUCACACACUGGAAUUAAGCCAGGAUAGGUGUAGGAAGAAUGUUUUAGGAUCGUGUUUUUAGCUGAUUAUAUGAUUUAUGAAUAAAAUCCCCUGUAUUGGGAUGCAAAAGAGGUAGCAGUAGCUUCUGCUGCUGCUUCCAAACAUUAGGAUUCUGUGCCAGAAAGCCUUUAGCUUUUUUUAGCAUGCACUUUAAUACUGUGAGCUCUUUGCCUUCGAGGCUGAUGUAUUAAUGAAGUAAACAACCUUACACCAACCAGCAACUGCUCCUGUCUCUUUGAGGGCCCAAGACCCCCUCCUAACUCACCACCCUUCCAUCUUUCCGUGACUGUGUGCCCAGCCUGGCUGAGAGCUGGGGCCCAGGCCCUGCACCCACAGCCCAGAGCAUGGCCCCUGCUGCCCGGGGGCUUUGUACUGAGUGUGCAAGGUCUCGGGGAACUGAGCUGAGCUUUGCUCUGUGGACUUGUCCUGUGGGUUUGUUUUCAGCAGCUCUCCUUCAGACAAUGGCAAUGGCUCUUUGCUCCUCACUGCCUGGUGCAAACGUGGGACACGGAGCAGCAGAACUCUGUGCUCAGGGCAGACAUUCAAGGCUCCAACACACUGAGGUAGUGCAGAGAAGUGCCCACCAGGAUGGCAGGGCCAGCAGAGGGGCACAAGGCAGUGAGGGAUGGGCACGGCUGCUGCUGGAGACCUUGUGGCUGCAAACAGCUCUGCAGUGCUCACUCAGGGAAAUACAGGCUCAGAGAGGGAUAAAAGUGGUUUGGAGGGACAAAGAGAGCAAAGAAUGGGCAUCUGGUGUGGGAAAGGGCAGCAUGUUUAGGUAAGGGGGGUGUGCAGGGGUACAGGCAGGACAACAGGGAGACAUUCCCCGUGUUCUGCAUCAUCCCAUGCACAAGGACAAGGCUGGGCGUUCACAUGGGACAACCUGGGAAGUUUUUUGGAGAUGUGGGGAGAUCUGCACACCUGUGAACAUGGCGUCUGUGCAGGGAAAGGUCACAGGAAAUGUAACUCAGGGCUGAACCACAGGUAAAUGGACAAGCCCCAUCCCUGGGAGCAUUCCAGGCCAGGCUGGACAGGGCUGGGAGCAAGCUGGGAUAGUGGAAGCUGUCCAUGCCCAUGCAGGGGCUGGAACUGGAUGAGCUUUAACGUCCCUCCCAGCCAAACACUCCUUUGAUUCUAUGAUUUCUGCUUUUCAACAAAUGUUGUCUGGGUAAACAUCAAGUCAACCAAGUGUGUGAUGACACCAAGAGGCUCCAGGACCAGCUGUAAACAUCUGCAGCAGUCCCUGGUGCAGAAGCCUGGGCAGGAAGGAGUAAAAGCCUUGCUGUGCCUCAGAUUCCUGAUGCCCACUGGGCAAGGAGGUUGAACCAGGAUUAGAGCAGGAUGUGUCCGGGAAGGGGCAGUGCCCUCCUGGGGCAGCCCCGUCCUGGGGCCAACUCCCCUGUGCUGGUCCCAAACAACACAAAGGACAGCUCCAGGGCAGCACUGGGGUCAGGCGGGACAUCAGCUGCUGACUGGGAGCAGAUCCAGCAGAGAGGGAUCCACCAAGAGGCCCCAGAGCCCCUGGAGCCGUUUCCAGAAAGCCCAGGAGAGCAGACUGCAUGUGCUCACACCAAGAGCAGGAAGCUGGGUGCCAGGGUGGGGGAUCUUUCCUACAAAAAGUGUCCCAAACCUGGCAGGGCCCCAGGACCACCCUGCUUGGAUCAGUGCUGGAGCCAGGACUGGUGAUCUCCUUUCCUACCCAAUCUCUCUCUCACACUCUCCUGCCUCCCUCUUUCACUUCACUCUUUUAUUUCUCUCACUGUUACAACGUAGGGGCAAAGCAUGCAUUGAUUUUCACACCAAGUGUGGAGCUGGCCAAUAAAACCCGGUGAGCUUUGUUUUUGGGACCCUCCUGGCUUUUGCCAUCCCUUUGUGACCAUGGGCACCUGUGGCUCCUGGGUGCUCCCUUCUACACAAGAGUGGGAUGUGACACCUGGCACGGCUGAGUCACGGAACAAUAGAACAACAGAUUUCAAAGGAAAAGCAGCUGAGAUGAACACACAGUGAUGCACUGGGGGGAACACAUCAGAUGGAAGAUGACAGGCUGGUGGCUGACAAUUAUCUCUCAGGAACAAGCUGUCACUGCUCUGACAAUGUUACAACACAGUUCAGUGAUCAGCAGUUCCAAAAACAAACCAGAUAUUAGAAAUUCCCUGGCAAGGAGCAGGAAACGUGGCCAGGACAGUGCAGGGCGUCUGAAACUGUCCCAGUCCUGAGCCUCGAGGGGCAAAACUCUGCUGCUGGAGGGAGCAGGGGUGGGGGAGAUCUGCCCAGGGACAUCUCCAGCGUGAGGGGCACAAGCACAAAGCUGUUUGCUACCUGCCAGGAAGGGACACCCUUGGGCUCUGCUCCAGGGAACAGGGACAGGAGCAGAGGGAACGGCCUCAGGCUGGGCCAGGGCAGGCUCAGCUGGGCCAGCAGCAGGAAUUUGCCCAUGGAAAGGGUGCUCAGGCCUUGGCAGGGGCUGCCCAGGGAGCUUGGCAGUGCCCAUCCCUGCAGGUGUCCCCUGCAGGUGGCACUGAGUGCUCUGGGACAAGGUGGGGAGGUCUCUUCCAGCCUCAGGGAUUCUGUGAUCACCAGAGCAGGGUCUCCCAGAGCCUAAAGUGCUCCCACAUGGAAUUCAGAAGGAUUGGCUCCUAGGCAAGUGAUUCAUCACAGAGACAGCAGUGAUGUGAGUGAAGAAAAGAGCAAACCAGCCCCCAGAGCUGCUCCAGGAGGAAGACUCUGCCCCCGUGCUGAGGGCACAGCUUUCCACGGGCUCUGGUGAAGCCCUCAGCACCAGUGGAUGUGCUCAGGUGUUCCGAGGAGCUGGACUGCUGCCCCUCAGCACCUGCACUUCAGCCGGUUCCCGGGAUGGCAGUGGCGCUGGCGGUGGCGCUGGCGGUGGCUCUGGUGCCGCUGGCUGCCGAGGCGGGGAAGGACCCGCUGCUGAACGUCUGCAUGGAUGCCAAACACCACAAGAGCCAGCCGGGCCCCGAGGGCAAGCUCUACGAGCAGUGCUCCCCCUGGAAGGACAACGCCUGCUGCACAGCCAACACCAGCCUGGAGGCCCACAAGGACCAGUCCUACCUCUACAACUUCAACUGGAACCACUGCGGGGUGAUGCCACCCAAGUGCAAGCGCCACUUCAUCCAGGACACGUGCCUGUACGAGUGCUCACCCAACCUGGGGCCCUGGAUCGAGCAGGCUGACAGCAGCUGGCGUCGGCAGAGGAUCCUGCACGUGCCCCUGUGCAGGGAGGACUGCGAGCAGUGGUGGCAGGACUGCAAGGAUGCCCUCACCUGCAAGGAGAACUGGCACCAGGGCUGGAACUGGGCCACAGGCACCAACCGCUGUCCCUGGGGCUCGCCGUGCAGGCCCUUCUGGCAGGUGUUCCCCCGGGCCCGGGACCUGUGCCAGAAGAUCUGGUCCGGCUCCUUCAGCUACAGCCCCGAGCGCCGCGGCAGCGGCCGCUGCAUCCAGAUGUGGUUCGACCCCGCCCAGGGCAACCCCAACGCGGCCGUGGCCGAGUACUAUGCCGGGAGGAGGAGAUCCUCCCCGGCCCACAGCCCCGCUCCCCAGAGCGGCCGGGCCGCGCGCGCCCUGCCCCGGGGCCUGCUGCUGCUGCUGGGCCUGGGCCUGCUGCUGCCCCACGGGGCUGCGGCCUGCGGGCUCCCUCUGACCCCUCUGGGGGCUGCGGGCUCCCUCUGACCCCUC